AUGAAGAGAGAAGGUCGUCAACACGGUGUGGUUCGAACGUUGAUGGCUCUUCCGUCAAAUUUCAAUCCAAGACCUAUGAACCGGUUCGAUUCACCACCAGCUUUUGGAGUAUUUACCAAAGUGCCGUCAAAACCAACUAACCACUCCAAAUUCACUGGUAAAUGUGACAAGUCUAAGUGGAGUAAUUGCCAUGGAUCGCCGACUUAUACUACCAAGUCAGCCGGCAAAUCUAAGGGUCACCGUAAGUUACAUGCAACGGCUUGGGCUGAGGAUAGGCUAGACCGUCUCAGUGGGUCGGACUCGUCCUCUGCUAAAAGUAUUUUGGGUGAGAAGAAGUUAUCCAAAGUGAUAGUUCCAGAUAAGUGGAAGGAUGGUGCUCGCAAUGUAACUGAAGGUGGUGGCCGUAAACUCAACGAGAACAAACUUCUCUCCAAGAAGAACAGAUGGUCACCGUACAGUACCGCUACAACAAAGUGCAUGAUCUGCAAGCAGCAAGUGCAUCAAGAUGGUAAAUACUGUCACACUUGUGCCUAUAGCAAAGGAGUGUGUGCCAUGUGCGGGAAACAAGUGCUGGACACGAAGAUGUAUAAGCAAAGCAAUGUAUAA